GGCACGGACGGACAGACAGACACACAGACACAGAAGUUUAGAGCAAAGUUUCGGAUCCGGUGCACUCAAAUUCAAAGUUCUAACUUCAAAAAAGAAACUACGACGACUGAUCUAUCUUUUUGUCUUUUCUCUUUGUCCUGGCUGGGCAUUUUCAGUUAAUGUUUAGACUCCAAUUUGAUCCGGCUGUACUCCAAUACUCUAUUUGAACUUCUGAUGACAUAAAAUGGCAUUGCUGCUGAGGAAAAGCUCUGAUGACAAGGCGAAAAAAUACAGUAUUAAUUGGCUGUUCAUCAAGCGUCUUGCAAGGAUCUUCAGAAUCUUCUUCCCAUCUUUUUAUUCUGCUCAUCUUGCCUUGUUUCUUCUGCUGGUUCUUGUCUCUAUAGGAGCUGAGGUCGCUGCUUACUAUGUCGGACUGAUAGGCAGUGAGUACACCAAGGUAUUACCAGUGAAGGAUCUAGCAGGGUUCAUCAAGACAACAUGGCAGUCAAUGCUGUAUAUUAUCCUCAUGGCUCUGAUAAAGAGUGCUAAGACCUACAUUGGUCAGCUUGUGUAUGUUUACUGGCGUGAGGCGUUAUCAUUGUACAUCCAUAGACAGUACUUCAAGAACUCUAACUACUACAAGAUUAAUGUACUCAAGAUGGACAACAUUGAUAACCCAGACCAGCGAAUUACCCAAGAUGUUGAGAGGCUAUGUAAUCAGUUUAGUAGCGUCAUUCCGACGCUCAUCGCGUCACCAUUUCUCAUUGUGUUCUACACGUACAUGGCAUUUGAAGGAACUGGUUACAUAGGACCAGUGUCCAUCUACUCGUACUUCGUCAUUGGUACGCUGAUUAAUACCUUCCUGAUGGCUCCAGUGGUUCUAAGGACCUACAGACAGGAGAAACUAGAAGGGUCCUACAGAUUCAAGCAUACUCAGAUUCGUGCAAAUGCCGAAUCUGCCGCUUUCUACGUUGCUGAUGAUAUUGAGAUGGAAAAAACAAACAAGAAGUUAUUCAGUCUUCUGACUACUCAGAUGAAUCUGUUCAACUAUGAGUUCUGGCUCAAUGUGUCUGUGAAUCUAUUCAACUACAUUGGUAGUAUUCUGAGCUAUGUGGUUAUUGCUGUUCCUAUAUUCUCUGGAGUUUACAACAGCCUGGACUCCAAUGAACUCUACAGUCUCAUUAGCAAGAACUCAUUUGUGUGUAUGUAUUUGAUAUACUGUUUCUCUCAACUGAUUGACCUGAGCACUCAAAUUACAGAGAUAGCUGGUUAUUCUCACAGAAUUGGCGAACUACUAGAAUCCCUCAGUGCCCUACAGGACCUUGACGUCCAUCUUAAACCCACCAAGAUGUCAAUCCAAAAAGAAGUCAAGAUACUAGACCGUCAGGGUCUGCUGAAAGAAAGCAAAGAUGGUUGGCAUGAGAUGCAGGACUCUGGGGAUGAAAGCGGUGGGGAAUUAUCAACCUCAACCCCAUCCAUCUAUAAACUUGAUAAAGUUGAUAUAUACACACCAGAUAACAAGAAUAUUCUGAUAAAAGAACUCUCGUUGGAGAUUCGUCAAGGUAAAGACCUUCUUAUUACUGGAGCAACAGGGAGCGGCAAGACAUCCAUCUUUCGAGUUCUGUGCGGCCUCUUGCAAACCAGAUCUGGAUCCUUGAUCAAAAGCACCUCUUUCAGAUGUAAGGAUGUCAUGUUUGUACCACAGAAGCCGUUUCUUACAGACGGUACUCUUAAAGAACAGGUGAUUUAUCCAGCUAAGGUUUCAUCGCUGGACAGUUCUGUUGACAAUAAUGGCAUCAUUCUUCAGAUACUGAGCCGUGUUGGGUUGAGCCAUCUCUAUGACAGGAUUGGUGGUCUUGAUGAGGAGGUAGACUGGGAUUGGUUCGACGUCUUGACUCCUGGUGAGAUGCAGUGUUUGUCUUUUGCAAGGAUCUACUUCACCAAGCCAACAUUCGCCUUCCUAGACGAGGUGACCAGUGCAGUAACCGUUGCCCAAGAGGAGAGAUUCUACAGUCACUGUAGACAGUUAGGUGUAACUCUCAUUAGUAUCGGACACAGAGAGACUCUUAAACGCUCUCACGAUGUGCAGCUGAUGUUGAAGGGGAAUGGAGAAUGGCUUCUUAAAGAUAUUAGUGAUGAGCAGCUAUAGUUUGGUGACAGUUUCUCUCCACUACACAGGAUUCCUGCCAUUAAAUGCUUCCUUUUUGUGCACACAGCAUCACUAGUGCGCCCUCUAGUUAUAAUAUAACUCUAUGGAAAUAACCAAUACAAAUUAUAGUUAUUAGUAUCGGACACAGGGAGACUCUUAAACAAUCUCAUGAUUUGCAGCUGAUGUUGAAGGGGAACAGAGAAAUAUAUUAGUGAUGUGCACAGAAUUCAUGCCAUUAAAUGCUUCCUUUUUGCAAAACAAGAUAACUACAACGUAACCAAAUGCUUAGGAGGUUUGCGGAUUAAUUAGUACAAUUACAUUGAAAACAUUUAUUUGUGCAAUUUCUUUUCAAUCGGGGAGGGGGGGUAUUGGUUAUGCCAUUGCCCCUUGCUCCUCACGAUUUUAUCCUACAAUUGGUUUAAAAGCAGUGUGUUUUUUGGUAAUCACUUGACAAGUUUUAACUUAAAAUGACCAUUAAAACUUGCUUGGUAAUGAACACUGAAGAGCUGAUGAUAGAAAACAUUGUGAGAAACAACUCCCUUUGAGAGAGGGUAACUUCCAUCCUCAAAUUUUUGAACCUGAGAAACGCUUGGGGCAUGAAACCUUUCUCUGAAAGCACACAAUUCUAGGAAACAAGGGGAAUUGUUUCAUUCUUUAUUUUCCUGCAACUUCAAUGACCAAUCCAGAACAAAUUGUCUUAGUUUUAUUAAUCUAUUCGUUUGUCUGGACACACCAAGUGAGGUAAUUCGUCUUUACAUCAAAAAUGUAUCCUUAAAUAAAACGACUUAAUUUCUGUUUUGUACCAAGAAUUUUAUACUAAAGGCUUAACUUGGCUUUGUAAUGUAAGUGCAGCUCAUUUUUGUUCAUGUUUUAAGCUAAGAGUUCCUGUUUGAUAUAUUUUAAUAUCUAGAGGUAAAAAGUAAACAAGUAAAGGUUAACAGAAAUAAAUUAUUGCAACACCAAAAUGGUAGUCUUUCUAAAAUUUGAUUUAAAAAAUAAAUAAUGUAUAUGCUU